GUUAGUGUUCUGGUGUUGUUUGUGUUGUUGCAUUUUAACUGUUCCAUUUAUUUAUUCUGUAUUUAUUUAUUUAUUUAUUUAUUUAUAAUAGUUGUUGAUAUAAGUACAGAAUUCUCAGUGAUUGUUAUUGUAGUUGUUUUAUUUUGUAAUAAAAGUCUCGGUUGUGUUGUUUGUUGUACUCUGCAGCUUGUUGUAUUUUUUUAGACUCUGGUUUCAGGUGAACCUCUGCGUAUCGAUCGGCGUGUUCUUGACGUCAGAUGUGUGUGUGUGAGGGUUAAUACGGGCGUUUUUGCUGUGAUAGGAGCGGUUUGGAGCUGCAGUCGUUUCUCACAGUGGGAAUUUAUCGAACCAGGAGUCCUGGUGUUCCUGAUGGGGAUAAAAACAGACGCCACGGCCGGACACAUCACACACCACCACGCCUCACACGAAACCACACGAUGGCGCGCAUGCAGGUGAUAUGGACGUGUUCGGUGCUGAUCGCGAUGCUGUUCACCGAGUCACACUGCGUUCAGAAGACCACUCUGACUAAAAACUGGGGGCCGCAGUCAAUGCUGUACCUGAAGGGGAAGUACGGAAGGAGAUAUAUUCCAGACAGCGAUGUUGACUUUUAUAAAUCAGCCCUGAAAAGCUUGUAUGCAGUUAUCAGAGAUUUUGAAAAGAUGAAGUCAGAGCAAGCCCGAAGAUCGACACGUCUUUUCACGGCUGAGAACCUGCUGAUCCGUUACACAGAGUAGGAUCACUUUAAAAUGUAAAUAAGAUGUAAAAAUGUGUGAAAACUUCAACACUUUUUUAUUCCUGUUUGAUUUGGUAAAGUGUAGUAACGAGAGAGAUGGAAUUGGGUUAAUUAAUCCUGAAAUAACCCUAGAUGAUGAUGAUGAUUGUUAUUAUUAAUAAUAAUAAUAUUUGUUAUUAUGAUCUUUAUAUUAUUAUAUUUUCUACACUGCUUGUGUCCUCAUGCUGUGUGUCCCUGUAAUGUAAAUCAUAUUAAAAUAGUCCGCCAG